UGCGUCAGACUCUUACUUCCCGGAAGUGACGCAAGCGCUGAUUUGUGUUUGUUUUCCUGACAGUCGCGGCCGUGUUGCGCUUCAAACUGCCAGAAAUCAGCCAGACACACAGAUGGAGCAGCAGGCCAAGCCGUACAUGUUUGCGAGCCUGAUGCGUCCUCACUCCGAGCAGCUCCUGCAGGGUCUUCAGCUCCUGCGCCAGGAUCACGAGCUCUGUGACAUCGUGCUGCGGGUCGGAGACACAAAGAUCCACGCACACAAGGUGGUGUUAGCCAGCAUCAGCCCGUACUUCAAGGCCAUGUUCACCGGGAACCUGUCGGAGAAAGAGACGUCUGAGGUGGAGUUCCAGUGUGUGGAUGAAGCCGCUCUCAAGGCCAUAGUGGAGUACGCCUACACAGGAACCGUCUUCAUCUCACAGGAAACGGUGGAGUCUCUACUUCCUGCCGCCAACCUACUGCAGGUCAAGCUGGUUGUGAAGGAGUGCUGCAGCUUCCUGGAGAGUCAGCUGGACGCGGGGAACUGCAUCGGCAUCUCACGCUUCGCCGAGACCUACGGCUGCCACGAGCUGUGUCUAUCUGCCAGCAAAUUCAUCUGCCAGCACUUCGAGGAGGUGUGCCAGACGGAGGAGUUCCUGGAGCUGACGCGCACCGAGCUGGACGACAUCGUGUCCAACGACUGCCUGAACGUGCUGACGGAGGAGAGUGUGUUCUACGCGCUGGAGUCCUGGAUCAAGUACGAUCUGACCGAGAGACAGCAAUACCUGGCGCCGCUCCUGCACUGUGUGCGGCUCCCGCUGCUGAGCGUCAAGUUCCUGACGCGGCUGUACGAGGCCAAUCACCUGAUCCGAGACGACCACGCCUGCAAACACCUGCUCAACGAGGCGCUCAAGUACCACUUCAUGCCCGAGCACCGGCUCUCCUACCAGACCAUGCUGUCCACACGGCCGCGCUGCGCUCCGAAAGUCCUGCUGGCCGUGGGAGGAAAGGCCGGGCUCUUCGCCACGCUGGAGAGCGUGGAGAUGUUCUUCCCGCAGACGGACUCGUGGCUCGGUCUGGCUCCGCUCAGCGUGCCGCGCUGUGAGUUCGGUGUGGCGGUUCUGGAGCAGAAGGUGUAUGUGGUGGGGGGCAUCGCCACACACAUGCGUCAGGGCAUCAGCUACCGGCGGCACGAGAGCAGCGUGGAGCGCUGGGACCCCGACAGCAACACCUGGGCGUCUGUGGAGCGCAUGGCGGAGUGCAGGAGCACGCUGGGUGUGCUGGUGCUGGCGGGCGAGCUGUACGCCCUCGGAGGAUACGACGGACAGAACUACCUGCAGUCUGUGGAGAAGUACGCGCCCAAGCUCAAGGACUGGCAGCCGGUGGCACCCAUGACCAAAUCACGCAGCUGCUUCGCCACGGCCGCGCUGGACGGCAUGAUCUACGCCAUCGGAGGAUACGGCCCCGCCCACAUGAACAGUGUGGAGAGAUACGACCCGAGCAGAGACUCGUGGGAUAUGGUGGCGCCGAUGUCAGAUAAGCGCAUUAACUUCGGCGUGGGGGUGAUGCUGGGCUUCAUCUUCGUGGUGGGAGGACACAACGGCGUGUCUCAUCUGUCCAGCAUCGAGCGCUACGACCCGCAGCUGAACCAGUGGACGGCGUGUCGACCCAUGAACGAGCCGCGCACCGGCGUGGGCUCUGCUGUGGUGGAUAACUAUCUCUAUGUUGUUGGGGGUCACUCGGGCUCCUCGUAUCUGAGCGCGGUGCAGCGGUACGACCCCAUCACGGACAGCUGGCACGACUCCAGCGGGAUGAUGUACUGCCGCUGUAACUUCGGCCUGACCGCGCUUUGACCCCGGCCACACGGCUGACCCUCAGAGACAUGAGGAGUGUUUCAGGAGUGUGUUUCCUGCUCCUCCGGCCGGCGCUGGACGCACAGCGCUGAAGCACAGCUCACACCAACACCUCGGAGGACGCGGAGCGCCCAGCUCUUCCCCUUUACAUCACAAGACUUCUGAUGAGGGACGCACAUGCAGCGAGUGUGUGUGAGUGUGUGUGUGAUGCAUGAGCUGAAUCUGCGCUUCGCUCUGGAGGAGAAGCGUGGGACUCGUGAUAAGGGCUGCCUUCUGUCCUCUACAUACAGCUCUGUGUGUGUGUGUGUGUGUGUGUGCUUCUCAAAGCCACUGCACUGACCGUGUGUGUGUGUGUGUGUGUCUGAUCCACGCGCUCAUCUUCUGUCCUUUCUGCUGGAAAUGAGUGAAUCUCACCAGAAGGAAUGCAGCUCAUGUUUCAGCACAGUUAAAGUUAUAUUUUGUUGAAAAACAAAGAUUUUUUUGCAUUUAUUUUAUGCAAAGUCAUAAUUUAAUGACUGUCAAAAAAACACGUUUUUUUUGCACUUUUUGCAACAUCAAAAUGCUAAUUUUUUUGUGUGUGUUUUAUUGCAGUCAAAAUAUUUUGCCAAAAGACAAAAUGCAUUAUUUUUUGCAUUUAUUAUCUUUUUUGUUGUUGUUGCAACGUUAAAAUAUACUCUUUAUAUUUGAAAUUAUUAACAAAAGAAGGGAAAAAUGUAUAAAACAAAGAAACAACAAAAAAGGACUAUAAUUUUUGUCUGACACAUGAUGGUAUAGAGUCAGAAGAAGUCUCAAAACCCCAAAUAAUCAGCCAGGAGUAAACGAGCAAGAACCACGCGACAAAACCCACGCUUUACAGAGCGAAGAGCAGGUGGACUCGUAAAAAACACUUUAUUUUUUUUGUAAGGUCAAAAUAAAUAGGUCAAAAAACAUUAUUUUUUGCAGUCAACUGUUUUGCUGAAAAGCAUUUUUGUAUUUAUUGUUUAUAGUAAUUGUACAAAUAUUUACUGUUAAUUUCACACUCAAAUGUGGCAUUUAAAGCACACUGAAAAACUACAAUUAUUAAAAUGGUCAAACAUCACAUCUCAAAUCCAUCAGUUCUCCUUCUCCACAUUUGCCUGGAAGAUUACGAAAAGAUAAACGUUACAAUGUAAAACUCUGUUUCUGAAACAUGAGCUGGACGUGAUCCUGACGGGUCACUGAGAUUCACCCGUGUGUGUGUGUGUGUGUGUGUGUGUGAACACACUCUCAUACUGACUGGUGCUAAUUUCCUCUCCAGGAUUGUGUUGUUUUCGUUCUGUCAUGAUGUGAAUUGAUUUCCUGUUCCUGUGGCGUUCAGAUGAAGCAUCAGGCAAUAACGUGGCUGGUUUGAGUCGAGUGUCGGAUCUGUUCCCAGUCGAGGCUGAUGCUGUGCGUUCUUCACUUCUGCAUGUGGAGAUAUCCUGAAGUUCUGCACUUACCAAACCAUUUUCUACUGUGUACAUAUGACCUUUGAGUUCCUUUGAGGCAAUAAGACUCCUUUUUAUUUCCCUCAUUGAUUGCCAAGGUGUUUUGGGAUUCCUGUGACUGACCUGAACGGCUCGCGUCGCUUCGUUUCUGUUCUGUUGCUCGUUAUCAACACUUUCGAUGUUCAUUUUGGAUCUGAGCUGCCUUUAGAAGCAUGUUUUGGAUUGAUUUGAUAUUAAAAGUGUGAUGUCUGUGAGUCCAGAACGUAUUUCAGUGUAGAGCUUCAUCCAGAGGCACAAAGGGAACAAAUGCUCACCAGAAGCAUCCGUGUUUGAUUAGCAAUAAGAAAUAUUUCCUCUCAUCCAUUAAUGUCUAAAGCGGAGGUGUUGGGUGUCUGUUCGUGUCUGAUCACCGCUCUCACCGAAGUGCUCGUGUCACGAGGGAAUCUGAAUCAGUCCCUCACUGUCUUAAACUAUUGGAUCAUUUGUCCUGAUGAUGAUGAUGAUGAUGAUGAUGCCACAUUUUGUUUUUCUGUCCAUCCAGCUUGUGUUUGAAAUAGAGUGCAUUUUUAUAAACCUGUGGAUUGUUACUGGAACUAAACCGAUAACCUUAGCUACUAACGCAGUAUUUAUUUUUCACAUCUUAUCAAGCGUUGAGAGCUCAGUGUACUUCUGUGUGUCGCAGCUCAAACAGUCAAGAAAUAAAGGCCUGGAAAUGA